GCGGCGCGCGUGGCCCGGGGAUGUCGCUGCUGAGGCUGCGGGCGGUGCUGAGGGGCCCGGGCAGGCUGAGGGGGCCCGGGAUUCCAUGGAGAAUCUUCAGGAGCUACUCCUCUGCCAGCACCAAGGAGAAGGCAAACAGAAAUGGCACCUGUGAGAGGACAGAGCUGCUGGAAGUGCUCAAAGCUCGAGCGAAGCAGCUCCAAGGCAGUAACGUCCCGGAGGUGACGGUCGACAAAGUGGAGCUGGCUGCACUAGACAAUGACGAGUACCAGGAGGCUGUGGCCCCUGGCCCCAGGGAGAAGCAGCCCAUUCCCAGGGCACGGGGUGAUGGCCUGGCCCAGUUCAGCACCUGGGCUGAAAAGCUGCAGAAGGAGAUGUACGUCCAGCAGCUGAAGAUGAAGAAGGAAUUGCCCCGUGCUGCCUCCCAGCUGGCUCUGAAGGGCCAGGCCAAGCUGGAGGUUAAGGCAGAGACCAAAGCCAAACCCAAAGCAAAAACUACAGAGAGCCCAAACCACCCAAAGAGGAAAGCAGCCACUGCCUGGAACCAAAGCUCUCACAGCCCCCACAGCAAGCCCAGGGCAGGGGAAGUGAAGGAAGCUGCGGAGCUGAAGAGGCCUCAGACGAUGCCAAAGGACAAGAGCAACCAGCAGGUCCUGCAGCAGACCAUUUUAUCCAACCUGGAGUGCUUCCUGUUCCUGCAACAGUCAGAGGAGGCCGAGCGGUACCUCCUGCUGUGCCAGAGCUCUCCGGUGAAGAGCAAGGUGCUGGACAUUGGUGCCUACAACAUCGUGAUACGCAGCUGGGCCAGGAAGGGCUCUCUGAAUCGCAUCGACCGAUUGUUUUCCAUUCUGGAAUCCACCGGCCUCCGGCCCGACCUGGACUCCUACGCCUUGGCCCUGGCGUGCAUGGGCAGGAACCAGUCGCCUCCCAAAGCCAUCUUGAGAUACCUGCAGCAGCUGAACAGCAGUGGCUUCCAUGUGGAUGAGCUCUUCCAAAAGUGCCUGUUUGAGGAAGAAGAGAAGGAGAUGGUGCUGUGGGCCAUCAGGACUGUCCAGCCCAACUACCAGCUGCCUCCUCCACCCAGCCCUGAGAUCUGCAAGUCUUCUCUGCUCCAGGACUUCUAUUCCAGAGAGACAAUGGUGUCGUACCCCAAGCUGGAUUUCUCCAUGAAGGAGUUGCAGGAGCGCUUCCAGCAGCAGCUGGAGAUGGAGCUGAAGCACACCGUAACCAUCGAGUCAGUGGAGGCAGCCAAGCCCCUGACCCCACAGGCUAUCAAAGCGCGUGAGCUGCUGGGCAUCCUCCGCUCGCAGUGGCACGACGCCAUCCUCCAGGCCCUGCAGAACUCCAGGCGCAGCAUGGCCGGGCCCAAGAGGCUGCCGAAGUACAGCGUCCUCUACCCCUACCUGCGUCUGCUGCCGGAUGAGGAGUAUGUGGACAUCAUGAUGCAGGUCCUCAAUGAUCUGUCUCCACAAGGUGAAUCCCUGGCAGUUCUGGCCAGGGAGCUGGGCUCCAAAGUCUAUGACAGGUUCAUCAUCCAGAGGAAGCUGCGCAGCUGCCAGCUGGAGAAGGUGCAGGAGGUCUAUGAGAAAUACAUCCAGCUGCUGGCAAAGGACAGCCAGCCUAAACAGGACUUGCCACGGGAAUACUGGGAGAAGCUGGUGGCAGAGGCAGGCUUUGGGCCUUCCCUGAACUUGAAGAACUGCAGCUGGCCCUGUGUGCUCCUCAUGCGCCUGGGCAUGCACAUGCUGGAGAUCCUGGUGAAGGCUGUCAAGGUGCCCAGGAACAUCCUCAAUCAUCGCCUGGAGUCCAAGCCUAUCCCUGUCCUCUACCAUGUCUACUCCUUCUACAGUAACUGGCAGGUCGGGCUGAUAAAGCCCCAUCCCAUCUUCUCCCAGCUUGUGUCAAACGCUGCGGAGACCACGCUGACCUUCAACUCCUCUGCCAUGCCCAUGCUGUGCCCCCCGGUGCCCUGGACCUCGCCCAAUUUCGGUGCCUUUGUCCUCAACAACACCAAGCUGAUGCGCUUCCUGGAUGAGACGUCCCACCAGCAGCUGCUCCUGGAGCAGUGUCCCCUCGUGAACCUCCACCCCGUGCUGGAUGCCCUGAACCAGCUGGGCAACUGCGCCUGGAAGAUCAACCAGCCGGUGCUGGAUAUCAUCAUCUCCAUCUUCAAUGACAAAGGGGACGAGAAGCUGGACAUCCCACCGCCCCUCUCUGAGGCUCCCAAGCCUCCCACUGCUCCCGGCCAUCCCUCCACCUGGAGCAAGUCCCUCAAGCACGAGCUGUUCCUGUGCAAGAAGAAGACCGCGGAGAUGCACAGCCUGCGCAUGGACGCGCUCUACAAGCUCUCCAUCGCCAACUACGUCCGGGACAAGGUGUUCUGGUUCCCUCACAACAUGGACUUCCGUGGCAGGACUUACCCGUGCCCACCCUAUUUCAACCACCUGGGGAACGAUGUCACCCGGGCCAUCCUGCUCUUUGCAGAGGGGAGGCCACUGGGGCCCAGGGGACUUGACUGGCUGAAGAUCCACCUCAUCAACCUGACGGGGCUGAAGAAGAAGAACGCCUUGCAGGAGCGGCUGGAGUAUGCCAAUGAGAUCAUGGAGGACAUCCUGGACUCGGCUGACCGCCCGCUCACGGUACGUGGGGGCUUCUGGGAAGCGAAACAAAACGGAAAUCGGAAUCGAUUUUGA